AUGAGUACGAUCGAAGCAACUAUAAUAUGCAUUGACAACAGUGAUUACAAUCGGAAUGAGGACAUAAUACCCAAUCGUUUUUUAUCUCAGAUCGACUGUGUGAACGUCCUGUGCUGUAACAAAACGAGCAUGCACUACAAGAACAAUAUUGGAAUUAUAAUGAUGGCAGGAGACAAAACAAAGGUGAAGGUAUCCCUUACAAAUGAUAUAGGACAGUUGCUGUCAUGUAUUCACGACAUUAAACUAGAUGGGACUUGUGAUGUUGUAAGAAGCUUGUUGAUUGCACAGCUGGCACUUAAACAUAGAAUGGAUAAAAAUUUAGGGCAGAAGAUUAUGCUUUUUAUUGGAAGCCCUUUUGAAGUAAAUGAAAAACAGAUGAUAAGCACAGGAAAACAGUUGAAAAAGAAUAAUAUAUGUUUAGAUAUUAUUAGCUAUGGAAACAUAAGUAAGAAUCGAGAUAUGUUAAUGAAAUUAUUUGAAAGCGUAAAUCAUAAUGAUAAUUGUAGAUAUAUUGAAUGUCCUGAAUCAGAAAAUAAUUUAAGUAAAUUUGUUUUAAAUUCCUUUUUGAAUAACAACGAUUUUAACAUUGGAAAUAUGCAAGAAGAUGAACAGUUGAUGAAUGCUAUGCAAAUGUCAAUGGAAGAAAGUCAACACAUGUCAGAUCACAAAAACAUUUCCUCUUCUAAUGCAGCAAUUCAUUCCCCAAAAAACGAUGAAUUGCCAACUGUUGAAGAAAUAGAAAAUAUGAAAGAUAUAGAUAAUGAUCUUAAGGAAGCACUAAUUUUAUCACUAAAGGAGUAUACAGAGAAAAACAAGUCUGAAAAUUCACAAUCUGUGUCUAAACCAACGGUAGAUGAAUCGGUACCUCAAGAAAGAACUGAUAAAUCUGGUUUCCCCAAUGGAAAUGAACAAAUGGAAAUUACCUCUUCUCAGCAGCACCUUCUACAAACAUCAAGUGAGGAUGCAAACUCUUCUAUUGCAAAUCAGGAGAAAAAGAAGAAAAAAAAAAUCAUUUUUGAUGAAAAAAAUGAAGAAAAUCCAUCAAAUAUGUCCCUUGUGAAUGAAAAUUACAAAAAUAAUUUUGACACUUGCAGCAACAAUAUGCACAUGGAAGAAACCAAGGAAAAGAAAGAAAAUGAAAGUUAUGAAAAAGUUUUUAAGAUAGAUAAGGAAGAACCUAAUUUAGAAGGAAAUCACGAAACAGAUGAUAUAAAUGAAAAUAUUUACACUUGUGAUAAAAAACUUUCAAAAAGCAAUGACGGGGAUGCUCUUUCGAAUGAGAACGUGGAUAUCACAACCGGUCCCUCAGCUCAAAUCCAAGACACAACUUACAUUUCAAACAUCCUCGGGAUGAUUAAUGCUAAUGUCAAUGUAUUUAAAAAUGAUGAAUCUGAUGAGAAGGAGAAGGAAAAGGAAAAGGAGGACCCUCCGACGAAUCAACAGAACGAGAACUAG